UACGAAGAAGUAAUUUCAAAGCUCGUAUGUUCGAUUAACAUUACCAUUAAUCUAGGUUUACUUAUUUUUAGAUUGCUAAUAAAUAACAUAUCCUUGAUUAAUGUGUACUAACCCCAUAGUUACAACUACCAUUCAAUUCUGUAGUGUUUAAUGUAGACUUAUAAGUUUACAUUAAACACUACAGAAAUUCAGGAACUACUCAAGGGUAAUUGACAAAUAUCGCGGAACCGUAUUCUUGAACUGAUGACCAAGCGUGGUAGUAGUUCUAACUUGUCCGAAAUCAAAUUAAAAUAAUAUUACUUAGUCCUCCCCCUUUCUGCGUAAUGUGUGAUCGUGAAUCCAGACUGAAGGCUAUUGAGUCAGCUAUUGGUAUCUUUCCUGAUUUCCCAAUAAAAGGCAUUCAAUUUCGAGAUAUUUUCGGUGUAUUCCGAAACCCUGUUUUAACGCAGUAUUUGCUGGAUGAAACAUACAAUAUUGCUACAUGUAACGUACAAUGCGGAAAGAAAAUAGAUGUUGUUGUAGGCCUUGAGGCACGUGGUUUUCUUCUUGGACCAACUUUGGCCCUCCGACUGGAUUGUGCCUUCGUCCCUGCUCGAAAAGCAGGAAAACUUCCAGGUCCUUGUUACUCUCAUACAUACGAGUUAGAAUAUGGAACUGAUACUCUAGAAAUUCAGAGAGAUUCUGUAAAACCUGGGGAUAAUGUACUGCUGUUCGAUGAUCUAAUAGCUACUGGAGGAACCUUAGAAGCGUGUGUCAAAUUAGUUAGACUGGCAGGCGCAAAUGUCUUGUCCAGUUUAACGUUUAUGGAGCUGAAAGAUUUGCCCGGACGUAAAAGGUUGGAAGAUCUUGGAGUGAGUGUACACUCAAUCUUCAAAAUUUAAGGGAAAUAUUUUCUCCAAAUAGUUUUUAGAACACAAAUUCCUACUUUGAAGUGUGUAUUUUCUUGCUCUCAACUAUCCUUUAGCACAAGAAUGUUUUGUAUUCACAGUAUAAUGUGUUGAAUGCCUUAUUAUUACUUAACUACAUGAUUCGUUCUUCUAUUAUUUUGCUACUUAUUUUUUAAUGAAACCUGAUAUGAUGAGACUUGUCUUUCCUUAACUUCACGAAUUUACUGUUAAUAGACUGUUUUCGUCUUCCUUUCUUCUAUAACUGUGUAUCUGCGUUUUGUUUUACUCAAUAAUAUACGACUUGCAUCC